AUGCCUGACACGAUUACGGUGGGCCGGGCCGUGUCGGGCCGGGCCGGCCCGUUUGGCCAGCCCGGUAAGUACCGUUGGCCCCCCGCGGAAGCCAAUUGGGUUCCAACCGCGCUCCUGUUUUCAUCCCUGCCCGGCUCGUCGGCGGGAAAAAUAACCAACAGAAUCGCCGUCGCCGCUGCCGCUGCCGUUGGCUUGGAUGGGGGCGAUGACGGUCCCGGCGCGGGCGGACCCCUCCGCGUCCUCGACGUCGAUGCCCGGGCGCUCCACGCCACCGCCCGCGCGGCCGUGUCCACCGCAUCUAUCCUCGUCCCCGUCGCCGCCGCUGCCGUUGGCUUGGAUGGGGGCGAUGAAGGUCCCGCCGGGGGCGGACCUCUCCGCGUCCUGGACGUCGAAGCCCAGGCGCUCCACGCCACCGCCGGCGCGGCCGCUUCGGCCGUGGCCACCGCACCUAUCCUUGUCCCCGUCGCCGAAUCCGGACAACCAGCUUCGCGCCAUAAGUCCCGGACGCUCUGCUCCACAGCCCGCGUCGGCUCCACGCCCCGUCGCGACCUCGGCUCCCCAAAUCUUCUGCAGAAGUCCAUGGGCGUAGCAUUGCGCGACAUAUCAACCAGAUGGUUUCAACCAUCAUUAGAAUCAUGUAUUCAGUCACAGGGUCCUCGCUUGUUGAUGGUUGCUCCAAGGUGAUACACACACUCUCCAGAUAUGUCAUUGAUCCCCUGGGAACAGAAGAAGAGAAAAGCGGGUUCAUUAGCUCUCUCUGCAGUCCCUUUUUCUGCUUGCUUGAUGAGCACCAAGGAAAGUGUAUCUUCUGGUUCUGCUCUCUGCAUCACUGCACUUAUCCAGUCCAACAAUUGGCAAUUUGCAUCUCGUGACUUAGUUAACCACAUCUGCUUAAAAGUCUCAGGGGCCUUAGAGGAGGUACACUGCCAGACCAUUGAACACUUGAGCUUCGUGAUUGCCCUGACUAAGCAGAAGCAGCUUAAAUUUGGGCAUUGGCAGCCAUUGAUCAGAUCUGGUUUGGGCAUUUUAGUUGAGAGCACUAAAGCACACAAUUCUGAGAUGGCCAUUGCAUCAAUUGAAAUGGUACAGUCCAUCGUGAAGACUUUGGACCUGGGCAUCAUGUCUUAUGAGAUUGGUAGCAUUGUCGAAGCAAUGGAGCAGCUGCAAGGUGUUUGUGAGCCAGCAAUAAGAAAUGCUGCUUGUCAGCUAGCUCAGAUUGCCAGUGACUUGUGCAACCAGAUAUCAUCUUCUCCGUCUUGUUUUCCAAAUACUCGCAAGAGAAGAAGGAGUAAUGCUGAAGAAAUUGCAUAUGCAUAUCAUGCACUUUUUGUCUGCAAUUUUGACAAGUCUGAUUGGGUGUCGCUUCACGCUUACGCAAAAGAUAACAGAGGUUCAUUGGUAGACAAACUCAACACACCUCGAAGCACCAACCCCGAGCAUGUCUCAAAAACAACGUGCAAUGAUCUGAAGCUCAUCACCAGGAAGUUAUAUCAACUGAUGGAGCAUGCACAUGAGGCUGGACUGACCCUUUGUGGUCAGUUCAGCUCAAGGAACUUUGUGAUGGACAACUACAAAAAUGUCAAGUUUACAGAAACUACAGCAGAGGCAGUGAAAAUGAUUCAUGAAGAAGGUGUGGAGAUGAAGGAGGAGGACAUUCAUGCAUUUGUCUAUAUGAUGAAGAGAGAGGUCUUUGACAAUGAACCACCACCAGCCGAUAUGUCAAAGUGGCUGUCUUUGUUGAGGGCUGUGAUGGUAGCAUCUCUGAAAUACUCAAAUAUCAUAUCAAUCUGAUGGAUGAACACCAGAGCGCCUCCGCUUUCUCAUCUAUGUACGACAUACUGUUGGAGAUGGAAGAGAAUGACCGUGGUUCUUUUGAGGCAGUUAUGCAGGAGCUGAAGGGGGAACCUUUGCAUUCUGACUGGCAGCAGCUUGUGAACUGUAGUAGGGGAAACGGCUACCUGAAUGAAACAUUCAAAUACAGAAAGGAGAGGGUUGGUGUGGACUACGAGAACGACCCGGAGGGUCUGCUGCAAAUGUUACGGAACUCUAGGCAGCACUCGGCAAAGUUCAAAGAAGCGGAGUUUUCUCGAAUUGUUGCUGAGCAUUAUCCACACCUUCUGUCGGACCUGCAGCUCGCGUUGCAUAGGCAGAAGAAACUGUCAAAUUUGAACCUUAGAUACUCAAUGGCCUGAAGUGUGAGUGUUUGCCACACUCAAGAGUAAUUGCGUAUAUUAGGAGCAUGCAAGAAAGGGCAGAAGCUGCCUGUAUGGCACUUGUUUGGCCAAGCUUUGGUCUGACCCUGGAACAUAGGCUGGAGCAUCUCUGUGUUAGCAGUCUUAUGUUUGCUAUACUCAAGAGUAACUGUGUAUACUAGGAGCAGAAGAAAGGGCAGAAGCUGUACUCUUGUACGACACUUGUUUGGCAAAACUUAGAGAUGAUGAAACCUGGCCCUACAGCAAGAAUUCAGCAGGCUGGGGCAUCUGGCUUGAAGUUUUCCAUUUCUAGCUGAUCCGUGCACAGAGAGAGAGAGAGAGAGAGAGACUAGCCUAGCCCGUUGAACAUUAACUCCUCGUUAAUGAUUGCUCCAUCAUAUUUGGCAUUUUCAAUUCAUAGGCAGCCUAGCCUAGCCUGUUGGACAACCCAAGACACAAACAAGCUUUAUCCUAGAAAUCCCAUCUACUAGUUCACACAAAAGUUCCCCAAACAGAAUCACAAGCAUACGAUCAUCAGCUACAGCUCACAGGUAAAAGAACAAGGCUAACAACAAGUACCUUUUUACAUCUCGAAUUUGUAUAAAUCUAAAGUCUGAUAGCACAGUGAAAAUAUGAUUCAAAACUUCACACUUUUGACACUAUGCAUAACACUAGAGCACCAAAAAAAAGCCUCUGAAAAAUGAAACGAAAGUGGGGUGCUUCCUUCCUUGCUUACCUGACGAAUUGUCGAGGUGAGCUUCAGGAGGUCACCCUUGUACGAGGCAAAGCUCUGCUCUCCUCGUCGGGCACCUUUUUCUGCAAAUCAAACCGAAAAAGUUAGUGGCCAAAGAAUUAUAGGAAAAGAACAAGAUUAGAAACUAGGCAAGAGAACAUAUGAUCCCAGUAGCAUCAAUCAAUCAAGCGUCAAUGGAGAAGCACAUGUGUAAAUAAAACAAAGAUAACAUGGUGGCACAAAGCAACCGCAAACAUAGCAGCAAGGGAAAAUGUUGAUUGCUUAAGCAAGUAACUCGAUAUAAUGCAAAUUAAAUUUAUUCCCGCCAAGAUACUAUGUUAGUUGAAAUGGUGAGCGAAUGCUUGCAAUUUGCAACAAAAAAGGGUCUCCUUUGGAAGUUGUGGUUUUUCUCCUUAGAGUAAGGUGAACAAAAAAGGGUCUCCUUUUGGAAGUUGUGGUUUUUCUCCUUAGAGUAAGGUGAACAAAAUACUAGUAUGUUAUAAGUGACAUGCCACCUUAUUCUCUUCUUUUCUCUUUAUUCAUUUGAUUUGAGUUGGUUCAGGCAGGCAAGUGCACUGCUCUUGUCAUUUGUGCAUUACACAUGUCCCGUUUCCAUUCAAAUGUCCUGGAAUGGAAGCAGCAAUUUGAGGACUUUCUCAAAUCAAAUGGCAUGGUCCUGUACUCCUGUAACCCUGUUGUGGUUGGGAAGAAUACAUAGAGCAUCAUGUUGUGUUGCAUC